AUGAUGUUCGCCGCUAUUGCUACUACUGUCCUGUGCUCGUUACCGUCAUCAUUGUCGAACUCGAUCAUUACUCAAACUAGCUCAAUAAUAACGACAAAUACGGUCGAGCAAGAACAGUUUGCCUAUGAAAUUGUCAUUCCCCGAUCAUUACGAUCAUCAAAAUCAUUCUCAUUCGUACCUGAUUGGAAAGCUCGAUUAAGAGAUAACGAUGGAACAUAUUCUACCUCAACUAUUCGUCAUAAACGUUCAAUAAAAACAUUUAUUGAUAAUAUUAAUAAGACAUUAUAUUAUCGUAUAUAUGUCUUUAAUCGAACAUUUGAUUUAACAUUAAUCGAAGAUGAAACAUUUCUAGCACCAUCAUUUAUUACACAACAUUUCGAUCAUAAUCGCACAUGGAUAACUAAAGAUAUUGAACAUUGUUUUUAUAAGGGUUAUGUUAAUCAAAAUCCUUUUUCUACUAUAUCAAUUAGUUUAUGUCAUGGUUUGCUGGGUACCUUUAUGUAUAAUGGCACAGAUUAUUUUAUUGAACCUAAAUAUCAUGAGAAUGAUACUUCAUGGAAUUUUGAACAUUUAUUUUACACACAUAAAGAUUCAAUAUCGUCAAUUGCAGAUAAUGAUCCAACAGUACGAUGUCCCGUAACUGGUGAACCUUAUUUUGAAAAACAUAAAUCCUAUCUUCAUUAUCAUCGAUCCCCAACACGACGAUUGCGGCGAUAUAGAAAUAAACAAUUUUCCAAAGACUUUUCUUCCAAAUAUUCCUAUUCAAAUUUCUCGACUAAUAUAUUAUUAAAUAAUGUCGAAAAUGAUCUUGCACAUAAAUCUAAUAAUAUUCAUUUAAAACGUCGAGCUAAACGUCAAUUUGAUUUUGAUCAUAUGGCUAAACAUGUUGAAGUACUUGUUGCUUACGAUCAAUCAAUAAAAGAAUUCCAUUCAGAUGCUGAUAUUCAAUCAUACAUUCUCACACUUUUCAGCUAUGUAUCACAUCUAUAUUCUGAUGCAAGUAUUGGUAAUAAUAUUAAAAUAUGGCUUGUUAAAUUAGUCGAUUUAGGCCAAGAUAUUACUGAAUAUAUAAAAUAUAGUGAUGAUGCAGCUGAUAUAUUAGGUAGAUUUUGUAAAUGGCAAAAAGAUUAUAAUACACCAGGUACAUAUGAUGCAGCUGUUCUUCUUACAAGAACACCUUUAUGUAAUAAACGAGCUAAAAAUGUAACAGAUAGCAAAUGUGACACAUUAGGAUUAACUGAAUUAGGUACAAUGUGUAAUUUUACAUCAAAUUGUGCUGUCGUACGUGACAACGGAUUUGCAACUGCAUUUACAAUUGCUCAUGAAAUUGCUCAUUUAUUUGGUAUUCGACAUGAUAAUGACAAAGCAUGUUUAGAUCAUACAACAGAACAAAAUAUAAUGGCUACUUCAUUAACAUUUAAUCAUAAUCAUUAUAAAUGGUCGAAUUGUAGUCGACAUUAUUUUACUCAAUAUCUUGAGUCUGAUCGAUAUCGAUGUUUAAAUAAUAUACCUGAUUACAAAUCUGAAUCAUUUGAACGUUUGAAUAAUGAACAAACAGCACGUGAAUUACCCGGUCGUUUUAGUGAUCUUAAUGAUCAAUGUCGUCGAGCAUUCGGAGUUAAUUUCGAAUAUUGUCAAGUUCUAAUUCAUGGACCUAAAUGUAAUCGUUUAUAUUGUCGUGAAAUAUCGACUAAUUUAUCAUCAUGUAUAACUAAUCAUGCACAUUGGUCUGAUGGAACAUUAUGUUCUGAACCAAGGACAGAAACGAAACGUUGUUUUCGUGGUCAAUGCCGAAGUACACAAGAUCUUCAAGUUAUAAAUGGAAAUUGGGGAGAAUGGUCAUCAUGGUCACCAUGUACACGUACUUGUGGUAGUGCUGUACAAAAAUCACAACGUUAUUGUGAUAAUCCAAGACCAGAAAAUGGUGGUCAAUAUUGUUCAGGUCAAUCAACACGAAUACGAUCAUGUGAAAAUAAUCCACCUUGUAAAGAUCCUGUUGAUAUGUUUCGUCAACGUCAAUGUUCUGUCUUUAAUAAUCGUACUAUCGAUCCUUUGUUACCUGUUGGUGUACGAUUUGAACCAAAAUAUAAUGUUUUACCAAGUGAAAGAUGUAAAUUAAUUUGUAAAGUAUCUGAUGAUCGACUUGAACGAUCAUUUGUUCUUGGUGAUCGUGUUGAAGAUGGAACGCCAUGUGGACGCGAAGAUGAAACAAGAGAUAUUUGUAUUAGUGGUGUUUGUAUGCCUAUUGGUUGUGAUCAUAAAUAUGCAUCGAAUGCUACAGAAGAUGUUUGUGGUGUAUGUAAUGGUCAAAAUCGUACAUGUAAAUUAGUUAAUGGACAAAGAAUAGUUUCAGAUUUUGGAAUUACAAAUAUUGUUGAUAUUCCUAUUAAUACAACACGUAUAAGUGUUACACAAAUAUCAUUAGGCAAUGAUCGUUAUUAUUUAGCGGUCAAACAUAUCAAUGGAACAUAUGUUCUUAAUGGAAUGCAUAGUCUUCAAUUAUAUAAUGUUAAAAUACGUAUUGGUGGUGCGACACUUUUUUAUACUGGAUCAGAUUCUGGCAAUGAAACUGUUUUAAUUACAGGUCGUCUUAAGGUUCCAUUAGAAAUUCAAGUUAUAUCAAUAUACCAAGCUGGUGCACCAGCAACAUUAGUUAUUUGGGAGUAUUAUUCUCCACUUGAUGAUGAUGAUUUAGCACAACAAUAUGGUGAUGAAUCAUCAGAUUAUCAUUGUGAUCGACCUUGUCAAGGUUUUAAACAAGUACGAAAAUGUAUUAUACAUGGAAGAGAAUAUGAUUUAAUUUAUUGUUCAACUUAUAAAAUACCAUUUACAUAUGAAAAAGAACGUUGUAAUGAUGAUUGUGUAUUAAGUUGGACUACACGAUAUCAACAAGCAUGUUCAACACGUUGUGGUGAUGGUUAUAAACGUGUUAUAUAUGAGUGUACAAAAACAAGUUAUACAGAACGAACUAUGGAACCAACGGAUGAAGAUAUAUGUCGAAGAUAUGUUGGAGAAAAACCUAAAGAUGUUGUUUCAUGUGUUGGUGAUUGUACAGGUACUGGUUGGGUUUAUGGAAAUUGGGGUGAAUGUCAUUAUGAUGAUGGUUGUAUACGUAAACGUACAGUUGAAUGCCGAAAUGCAUCAAAUUUACCAACAUCAUCAUAUUAUUGUGUAUCAGAUUUUAUUUUUAAUACUGAACGAUGUGUUGAAUCAUCUUGUGAACAAUCACGAUGGAAUUUUACUUCAUGGUCUAAUUGUGAUUGUAAUUUAAAACAACGUCGACGAAAUGUAACAUGUAUACGUCUUGGUCAACAAGUUAAUGAUCGAGAUUGUUUACAUGAACCAAAACCAGAAGAAACAAUAUCAUGUUAUGAUGAAUGUCUUGUACCACAUUGGGAAACACAUUUAUGGGAACCAUGUACGGCAACAUGUUCAUUACAUAAAGGUAUUCGUCGUCGUCGUGUUGUUUGUUCUCAUCAUGGUUCAAUUGUACCCAAUGAUUAUUGUGAUCGACGAUUAAAACCAAUCGAACAAGAAUGGUGUACAACAAAUGUUAGUUGUACAACAUGGUCUAUUAAUGAAUGGUCAUCAUGUUCAGUUACAUGUGGAACAGGUAUUCAACGACGUAUAGUACGUUGUAAUCAAGAUGGUCGACCAAUGGAUAAAUCAAAGUGUUCACAACCAAUGCCAAUUGAACAACAAACAUGUACUUCAUUAAGUAGUACUCUUUGUUCAACAAUACGAUGGUCAACAGGACCAUGGUCUGAUUGUUCAGCAACAUGUGGUAUAGGUAUUCAACACCGUAGUGUUUAUUGUGAUGAUCCAUCACGUCCUUGGGUUCGUGUACUCGAUAGUGAAUGUUUAACAAUAUUAGGUGAUAAUGCAAAACCAAAUAAUCAACAAAAUUGCUCUAUUACGGAUUGUCCUCAAUGGCAAACGAGUCCAUGGAGUAAAUGUUCAGGAAAAUGUGGUUCAACUGAACGUCAUCGACGUAUAUGGUGUUCACAUAAUGGACGUGAACUUGAUGAUAAUUAUUGUUUACAAAUUGAAGAUGAAAAACCAUCAACAACUGAAAUAUGUACUGAAGAUAUUCAUUGUCCUGAUUGGGCUAUUGGAAUGUGGUCAGAAUGUUCGGGUCCAAUGUGUUCAUCCGGUAUGCAAUAUCGACAAGUUAUUUGUCGACAUGGACAUGAAACAUUAUCAAAUACAUAUUGUGAUGAAACAAGAAGACCAUUUGAGAUACAAGCAUGUCAUGUAUGGAAUAAUACAAUUUGUUCAAAUAUACGACCAUUAUCACCUAUAGAAAGUACAUCAUCAUUUAUAUGGGAUGUUAAACAAUUUGGAGAAUGUAGCGUAACAUGUGGUGUAGGUCGUCGUUUACGACAAGUUCAUUGUAUUAAUGCUUUAACAAAAAUGUCUUACGAUGAUCAAUAUUGUUCACAUUUACCAAGAAAACCAAUUGAAUAUGAAACGUGUAAUUUAGGUUCAUGUCCUAGAUGGGUUCCACAAUCAUGGUCAUCGUGUUCGGUAACAUGUGGUUCGGGUACUCAACAUCGUUUAGUUACGUGUAAAAAUCGAGAAGAAACGGUUUCACCAGAAAAAUGUAACGGUCUCAAUAGGCCAGCAAAAACUAUGCAAUGUCAUAUGAUACCUUGUUCAUUAAGUAUUAGUAAAAAUAAUGAUUUUUCACAAUCAUCAGCAGUAUGGAUAACAAGUGAAUGGACACAGUGUGAUCUUAAUACUUGUACACAAACACGAACUACUCGAUGUAUUGAUUCAAUGAAUGGUCAACUUUUAUCAAUGUGGGAAUGUAUACAAAAUCAACCUCAACCAUUAUUAAAUCGAAUAUGUCCAAUAUCAGCUUGUGUAGAAUGGCGUGUAGCUCAUUGGGAUGGCUGUUCGGUUAAAUGUGGUCGUGGUAUUGAACUUGGUUUUGGUCUUGAUUGCUAUACUCGUCAGAUGCCUAUACGUAAAUUAAACACAAGUGAAUGUGAAUUAGCUGAACCUCAUUUACCUAAACCUAUCGCAAGACGAGUAUGCCGUCGACGUUGUAUAGAAUGGCGAACAAGUAGCUGGUCGGAGUGCAACACCAAAUGUGGUGCAGGCAAAAGAACUCGACAAGUAACAUGUCAUCGAAAAUUAAAUGGAAAAAUAAUACCUAAUCGAUUUUGUAUGCAUAAACGACGAAAUUUACCAAGACCAAUAUCAGAAGAAAUGUGUACAAAUGGUCCUUGUUAUGAAUGGAUUCGAACAGAACAAUGGACUCAUUGUUCGGCUGUAUGUAAUGGUGGUUACGAAGAAAACAUUCCUCAAUGUGUUGCAAUUGUAAAUGGUACUCAACAAAUAGUUAAUGAUCAAUUGUGUAAUAAUGUCAUUCGACCACAAAUACAUCGUUCAUGUAAUACAGACCCUUGUUUAUCGAAACCAUAUAAUACAAAAAGACGCCGUGGUCGCGGUCAUGGUCGUCGAUGGGAUGUUGGUUCAUGGUCAUCGUGUGAUGUAUCAUGUGGUGUCGGUGAACAGUAUCGCAAAGUUCGAUGUGUACGUAAAACCAAUAAUCGAAUACUAAAUAAUCGUUUUUGUCGACAUAUGCCUGAACCUAAUCGUAUACAACAAUGUUUUCAAGUUGCAUGUCAACCUAUGUGGGCAACAAGUGCUUGGUCAUCGUGUUCAUCGAUUUGUGGUUUGGGUCUUGAAUAUCGAAGUACAUCAUGUCAUGAAGUAAAUAAUAAUGGAUAUUUGAUGAAAAAUAAAGAAUCAAAUAAAUGUGAUCCAUAUCGAGCACCAACUACUCGAAUAUCAUGUAAUAUGGGUGAUUGUGAAAGUCCAUAUUUAUGGCAUGUGGAACCAUGGUCAAAAUGUUCAUCGGAUUGUAAUCGAGGUGAACAAAAACGUCGUGUUUAUUGUAAAAAUAAACGAACAUCUGUACCGGUUAAUGAUCGUUUUUGUAUUCCACAUAAGCCCGUUACACGUAUUGAUUGUUAUGGAUUCUUAUUUGAAUAUAGUCAAAGCUUUGCUAAACAGUAUAUCAUCAAAAAAUUCUUGUCCAUUAUUAUUUUUGCUCACAAUCAUUCUUGUCCACAUUUUGUACAGAUUUUCGAUGAUUAUUUAAAACAAAAUAAAACAAAAAACAUUCUGGAUCAAUCGAUCUUUCUUUCAUCUUUGCUUAUUUUUGUUUUUAUUCGAAUUCGUAUCAAUUUUGUCUUUACUAAUUAUUCUCUCAGAUUUUGUUCUACAAUCAUAGGUGAUGAUGGUUAG